CGCUCGCCAAUCCCCUUAAAUACUCCCCAAUCCGUCUCACCCUGCGCCCAGAUCCCCUCCCCGCAAGCCUCCCGCAGGCACGGACAUCCCUCCCCAUCCCUUUAGCCUCUCCCUUUCCACUCCGACACCUCCCCCCUUCCACUCCUCCGCCGAACCACCAUUGCCCCUCUCCGCUUCGAACACAACGGGACCGGGUCACGGCCACAAUCUUCUCUGCCCGCUGCCAUCAACCACGUCACCUCCCCUCUCCAUCUCCGCUACUCAUCCUCCCACCACCACCACCCCCCGACUCUCUCGAUUCAUUUUCGCCAAUCUCAUCAUGGCGGAGGAGGACGAGUGGCCGAGCAACCCCGGCACAAGCAGCGGCACGGGAAUCUCACAAUCCGCGGAUGCUUCUGCGGAGAUGCCGGGCUACGUGGAGCUCUUCUCGUUGGCCCUGAGCACGUGGCGUCGGGCGUGGCGCGACUGCGCCGGCUGCGGCUACGCGGGGGCUUGGGACGCCCUUGGGGAGAGCGCCUUCGUCAGCUGCUCCGACGCGGCCAUUCUGCUCGGGCUCGCGUUGGGAUGGACGCUGCUUCGCCACGCCGCCACGGAAAAGGUCUUCGGGCCGAUGGCCCAGUGGCUGAGGCUGCGUCCUGCCGACGCCGACAAGUUUCCCGAGAGCUGCUGGAAGCUGCUCUUCUACCUGGCCAUCUGGCUGUACGCGGCACACCUGCUCGUCAAGGAGGAGUACCCCUUCUACCACAACCCAGCGGCCGUCUUCUACGGCUGGAAGCGCGGAAUCGAGGUCCCGACGGACAUCUACUUGGCGUACGUGGCGCAGGCCAGCUUCUACGCUCACUCCAUAUACGGCACGCUGUACAUGGAUGCGUGGCGCAAGGACUCGCCAGUAAUGCUGCUGCACCACGUCAUCACGCUCUCCCUGCUCAUCUCCUCCUACGCCUUCCGCUACCACAACGUGGGCAUGCUGGCCCUCUUCCUGCACGACGUGACCGACAUCCAGCUGGAGUUCACCAAGCUCAACGUCUAUCUCAAGACUCGCAACAACACCUACCACAGGCUCAACAACAUCCUCUCCAACAUCGGCUGCAUCACCUUCGCCGUGUCCUGGUUCGUGUUCCGGCUCUACUGGUUCCCGCUGAAAGUGCUGUACGCCACCUGCGUCUCCAGCAUGCAGACCGUGCCCGACAUCCCCUUCUACUUCUUCUUCAACUGCCUCCUCUUCACCAUCGCUCUCAUGAAUCUCUACUGGUUCUCGCUCAUCCUGAUGUUUGUGAUGAAAGUGGUGACCGGGCGGAUCACUGAGGUGGACGACGUGCGCGAGUACGACAUCGAGUUGAAGAAGGCCGAGAUGAGACCUGCAGCCGGUGACGCAUCCAACAAGAAUCACUACGUCAAAGGGAAAGUCGCACAGAUGAACGGGUUGGUGAAGGACAAGCGACAGUGAUGGACGAACAGUGUGUCCACCGUCAUCGCAAGGGUGGCUCCUGUCUCCUGCUCGAGCUUAUUAUUUUUGACAAAUUAUCUUGCAUCGGUCAGGCUCGUCGCAGCUCUGCGUGACUGUUGUGAGUGAACCGUGCCUAGUGGCGGUUGUUAAUUUCCACGCGUGUUCCAGUGUCGGGCGAGUUGUGUUUAAGGAAAAUUGCUCAAACGUUUUAAAGAGACGGACAACAAAAAUUCAAAAGACUAAACAAACAAAGCUAACGAAUACAAUUUUAGAUAUGCAUUGGUUGUAUGUAAUUGUGUUUUUUUUACACUUUCAUGUGGCAUGAGCAUAAUUUGGUUAGAUGGUGGUAUGGUCAUUUUUUUAAUCAGUUAUGCUUCAUAUUAAGCCCAGUGCUUGUACUUACCUCAUGUUGUAUUUUUUUUUGUCAUACAACUCCUCCUUUCAGACCAUUCGGUGUUGCUUUUAAACGUCUUACUAAAUCUCUACGAUGAAAUUCAAAGUCUUGUGAUAGAUAUAUGGCGAUUAUGCAAUAGUUAUGGGGAACAUGUCAACCACUGCCAUUCAUUCCUAAUUUUUUCACUCUUGGUUAACAUUUUAUCUUCAGAAAAAAAAGAAUCAGCCAUAUGAUAAUACGUUCUUAAUCUUAUAAUAUUGUUUUAGACUCACCUAAUCGAGUUGUGUGCUGCUGGCAGUUUUCGAAUUGAGAGUGUAAUUUGGAAGUCACAUGUGUGCAUCUUGCAAGAAGCAACACAAAAUCUUAAACACAGGGCAUUAAGGGGCACAAAUUUGCUAUCUCAUAACACGAUGCGAUUACAGAUAUUUACAAAUUUUAGACACAACGUUUUAUUUCAGUCCUACCAACUGGGUUUGACACAAUGCCCAGGCCUUAUUAGAUUAUGGUGGAGCCUCUUUGAGCCUAUGCUGUGGCAAUUGGCACAUGCACUGUGUGAGCACAAACCAGCGCAAAUGACCUCACCGAACGUUGAGGUGCACUCGGGGUUGUGAAGCUGACGGGUGGUUCAGGGAGCUAAAGCCCAGGGUUACAGCACCGAGUCACCGCCGUCGAGAACUUGAGUUCGAAUUCAAAUCGGCCACUUGCGAUUAAAUCAGGUCCCCCAAGUGUAGCAAGUUUUGUGAUCUUAGCCUGGUCACCAAUAACUGUAUAAAAAAACUUUUGUGUCAUAUUUGGUUGUUCACUUAAUUUGGCACAUCCAAGCACUGAGGGCUGAAAUGUAUAAAUGUACCGAAUGUUUGACAUGUGGCAAAAAAAAAAUACUCCUCGGAGAGCAUGAAGGAGUGCCAUUCAGUGUUGGGUAAGAGAGGCCUUUUGAGGUGACCUCAGAAGUAGUUCUGUAGUGUCAUCUUGCGGGGCCGUUCCCUGGCACCAUGUGAACCUAUGCUGACCGCAUGACAUGGCUCUUAUGAAAGUAAAUGGUCAUAUAAGUAAUGUAUACAGUAUAUAUAUAUGACAUUUCUGUUGAUGAUAAAUGAGGAACCGUUACCAGACUUUGUAUCUGGUCUCCUCUAACGUAGCUGUGUUAACCGCUUUAAAUUGAGCACCAAUGGAAUGUGUGCCCAUGAAAACAUUUUUUGUUAUCCACUCUGUGGGUUUCCACAUGGGUUCGUUUAGCGCUCGAGGAUUUUUCUCGGGGCAGUCCGGCUUCCUCCUACAUGCGAAACAAUAUUCAAUAAGAAAUUGUCCAAACAUCUCAAUGCUUAACCCUCCUAUAAAAUGUAACCUUCAGAGGCUCAGUGAGUCUUUCCUGGUAGAAGAAAACAUUCGAUAACAUUACAUUCUAAUUAAUUUCCCACAAAGUUAAAACAUGCAUUCACAAUACUUAUGGUAUUUGUGCAGUUGUGCGGUGUACAUUGAUAGUUAUCUUGUGCAUGUCCCCUUCAUUAAUUCUUGUUGCAUUCAACAGAAAUGUGAACGAAGGGGGGGGGGGGUAUUUUAGGUUAGAGGCUGUAACUGGAAUAAUAUUUGCACGGGAAUUGGCCAUAAGCAGGCAUGUGUGAGAACACAGACACGUGCUCAUGUGUAGGAGCCGCGUUGACAACAGUAAAUAAAUGUCGCGCAGCGGUUGGACUGGAGCCAGGACAGCAAUGCGCUCGUUUGGUGGAAGAGAAUUUAAAAAAUUAUGUAGCAAGGAAGGGUCGCCCCGAGUCGCCGCCGCCGCAACACAAGAGACUGCUUUGCACAAACAGGAUCCCAGAUCUCCCAAUCCCCGAACCGUCGAGCAAAAGGAAACAUUCUCAUGAGGCUUUUUUUUUGUAAACUUUACCGUCGUUGCACAUGCCUGACGCGUCGGGAAAAAUUGUAACUCGUGCGGUUUUUCAUUAACGAGGCGAGUCAUGCUGUCAUCACUCGAGCUAUAUUCAAGCAUUCUUAUUAAUCAUUGUACAACUAAGAGAAAUGCGCUCACCUGUUUUUGCAUGUUAUUAAGUAGCAACAAAUGAUAAAUGACCUAUUUUUUUUCCUUCUCGUUUUAUUUGUACUACCAUAAAUGUCUAAUUUAUAAAUGUGCAGCGGGUAGUAAUUGUUUUUGAAUUAAAUUAUUGUCAACGUAAUUUUUUUUGAGACAAUUGUAAGAAAAUGCAAUUCAAAUGAAUGUCGGGGUGUCGUUUUGUUUGUG